CUCGCCUUGACCAUGCACCUCAGUCAGCAUAUCGCGGUGCUCUUUCUCUGGCUCUGCUUCGCCCUCAUCAGCAGCGGGCACGCCAAGCCGUGGAAAUGGGGUCCAGCCUCGAAUAGCGGCCCCAUUGGCGGUCCCGCCUGGAACGGCGGCAAUGACGAGUCCACCGAUAACAUAAUCAUCCAUUCCAAUGGCGGCGGCAACCGCGGCAACGGAGGCGGCGGCAAGUGGCGUUACUAACUUCGCCCCAGUGGGAGGCGUGACCAACGAGGUGUAUUUUCCAGUAACUCUAUGAAUAACACUGCAAUUACUUUGUUUUCAAGUAGAUUUCUAAGAACUGACGCACGAUUAUACACCUCUCAUUGUCAUAGUCUUACAAAUAUGCAUAUAUCAACCUUGGAAUGAUUUAAAACCCAAUAAAUACUCACAAGAAUAUUCAUAGAAUCACAUAACGAA